ACAAGAUCUUUUAAUAUUUUACAGAUUUUCGUGAAUAUCAAGUCUUUCAAAGGUGUGCAGAUUUCAAGAAGACAUAUAUUUUAGUGAAGACCAUGUUGGAACCCUAGCUAGGUUUGACUGUGGUGCGUGCUUUGAAUCGUCUAUAAAACCCCACAUGCUCUUCUCCAUAUCUCUCUUUAACCGUCUUAUAUUAUAAUCUUGGGCAGUAAAGAAAUCCUAGCAGCUACCUACAAAGAAACUAUUACUUAACAAUGGUGUUCAUGAGAUUUGAUGAAGGCUUCAUAGUAGUAGCUCUUCUCCUUGUUUCAUUUGGACUCCAAAAUCUUUCCAUACAUGCAUAUGCUGAUCAUCACCAAGAAAGGAGAUUAAUGGGAGUAAACUCAGCCAAAGGAACUCAGGAAACUGAUGGAUCUUUUGAUCAGAAGAAAGUUGUUUCUGGGAUGGGAUCAAAAGAAGUGAUGAGAAUGGGAGGAAGGAAAAUGGGAAUGAUGUUGAAGAAAGAAGAUGGAGAAAUGGUUUCAAGAUCAUCAAGAAGCACUUCAGCAGGUGAUGAUGCCCAGAAGUUGAAUGUGGAAGCAGAUAUCAAUGCUGCAAAGGAAGGACCACAAGAUUUCUUGAAUAACCAAGGACAAGAAAAUACAUCGGAGAGGAUGACAAUAAACCCUAGCCAAAGCUCGCAAAAAGUCGCAAGUUCCAAAAGUUUUAACACAAACAAGAUCUUUCCAGAAGAAGAUACGGGCGAUGAAUGGAAAAGGCUACUUGAAGAUGCUGACAAAAAGGUUAUGCAAAUGAUGCGAAGGGAUUACAGUGGCAUGAGGAGGCCUCGUCGGAAGCCUCCAAUCAACAACCACGAGCCCAGAAACUGACUAUAACCGAAUAGCGGUUUGGUUCAGUAUGUGAUUUUGAACUUCAAGAAAGAAAAAUAAGCCAAAAAAAGAGUUAGGUUUAGGCUCACAAUUUUGGUCCUCUAUAGAAGUGAAGUCCCCUAACAUAUAUAGAUAGUGUUAACAAGUAGCAAAACCCAAGAUGGUAUUAUUUUUCUUUUUGGGUGUUUGUAUUUAUUUGUUUUUUUUUAAUAGAAGGGUCAGGAAGAGACUAAUAAAAGGGUUUGCUAAUCAUACAUAAAGGUUUGUUAGCUUAGUUAU